AUGGUGCUCGUCGGGGCACUGGGGCUGCUGCUGUGUGUGCAGCUGUGUGGGGGCACCGGGGAGCUGCGGCUGGUAGGCGGCGGCGGACGCUGCGCCGGCCGGGUGGAGGUGAAGCACGAUGGCGAGUGGGGCUCCGUCUGUAUCUACGACUUCGACUGGGAGGCCCGUUGGGCCAUGGUGGUGUGCCGGCAGCUGGGCUGUGGCCCGGUGGCCAAGGCGUCCCCCUACGCCCCGUUCGGGCAGGGCACCGGCCGGAUCUGGCUCCAGCCCUUCUUCUGCCAGGGCAACGAGGCGGUGCUGCAGGACUGUCCCCACGUCGGCUGGGGACAGCACUUCUGCGGCCACGAGUGGGACGUGGGGGUGACCUGCGCAGAUGCGGUGGAGCUGAGGCUGGUGGACGGAGGGGGUCCCUGCGCCGGGAGGUUGGAGGUGAAGCUGCGGGGACGCUGGGGCUCGGUGGGUGAUGACAGCUGGGACAUGGAGGAUGCCGAGGUGGUGUGCCAGCAGCUGGGCUGCGGCUCGGCCGCUGGCGCCUACAUCGCCAGCACCCGCUUCGGCAAAGGGGACGGCCCCAUCAGCCUGGCUGUGGUCGACUGCCACGGGGACGAGGCCGCCCUCUGGGACUGCGAGGUCCGUGGCUGGGGACCCUACAUCGGCAUUCACGACUUUGACACCGCCGUUGUCUGCCAAGGGUUUGUCCGGCUGGUGGGCAGCGAUGUGGCCUGCGCCGGGCGGCUGGAGGUGCGGCGGGGCCGAGCCUGGACCGGCGUCUGCGAGGACCAGGUGGACAUCAAGGCCGCCCAGGUGGUUUGCCGGGAGCUGGGCUGCGGCACAGCGCUGGCUGUUUAUGGCACCGGCCGGUUUGAGGCGGGAAGGGGGCCGCUCUGGGAGGGGGGGUUCGAGUGCACCGGCACCGAGCCCCUCCUCUCGGCCUGUGCCCGGCGGCCAGCCGGCGGCCAGGGCUGCGCCGGCCACGCAGGCAUCAUCUGCUCCCCCUACACAGGUUUCCGGCUGGCGGACAACAGCUCGGGCUGCGCCGGGCGGGUGGAGGCGGAGGUGGGGGGGACGUGGGGGUCCCUCUGCGCCACCGGCUGGGACCUGCCCGACGCCCACGUCCUCUGCCAGCACCUCGGCUGCGGCCCCGCCGCCGCCGUGCCCCCGGGAGGCUCCUUCGGCGGGGGGGACGGGCCGCUGUGGCGGGACGCCUUCGGCUGCAGCGGGAGCGAGCAGCACCCGGGCGAGUGCCCCACGGCGGUGCUGGGGGAGCCUGCCUGCCCCCCCGGCCACGCCGCCGCCGUCAACUGCUCAGGCAUUGCCGAGCCCCUGCGUCUGAUGGAGGGGGAGAGCCGGUGCGACGGGCGGCUGGAGGUCGCCACAAGCCCCGGGACCUGGGCCCGUGUGCUGGUGGGGCUGUGGGAUGCCCGGGGUGCCAGCGUGGUGUGCCGGCAGCUGGGCUGUGGCGUGCCGGAGAAGGUCUACGCAGUGCCGGGCUCAGGCACCGUGGGGCUGCAGGGGCUGCGGUGUGCCGGCGUGGAGGAAAAGCUGGCCCAGUGCAAUGCCUCGGGGACGUCAGCCACGCCAACCAGCAGCCCCGAGGAGGUGGCCAUCGUCUGCUCGGGCAGCCGGCGGGUGAGGCUGGCGGGCGGCCCCGGGCGCUGCACCGGGCGGGUGGAGGUCUACAUCAAUGGCACCUGGGGCACCGUAUGCCAGGACAACUGGGCCAUGCCGGACGCGACCGUCGUCUGCCGCCAGCUGGGCUGCGGGACGGCGCUGGCAGCACCCGGCUCGGCUCGCUUCGGUCCUGGCACGGGGCCCCUGUGGCCAGAUGCCGGCGGCUGCGCCGGGACCGAGGCGUCUCUCUGGGAGUGCCCAGCCUCGGCACAGCACGGCUGCCGGCGCGGUGGUGGGGCAGGCGCCGUCUGCUCAGAGCAGCUCUCCCUGCGGCUGGUGGGCGGCUACGGCCGCUGCAGCGGGCACCUGGAGGUGUUCUACAACGGCACCUGGGGCCGCGUGUGCGCCAACGGCACCAGCCCCGCCACGGCGGCCGCCGCCUGCCGCCAGCUGGGCUGCGGGGACGGGGGGAGGCUGGCGGCCACCCCCGCCCGGGAGCCGGCCCCCGCCUGGCUGGCCUGGGUGGGCUGCGAGGAGGGGGCCCGCUCGCUCUGGCGCUGCCCCUCGGCACCCUGGCGCCUGGAGGCCUGCAGCCCCGGCGGGGACGCCCACGUGUCUUGUGACCAGGACAGCGACGGCACGAGCGGGACGCCCACCCCGUCCCCGGGCAGAGUCCCCAGCAGCACCACCCUGGCAGCAGCUCCGGGGACCGUGCCAGUGCCCGUGGUCCUGUGCGUGGUCCUGGGGACGCUGCUGUGCUUGGCCCUGGCUGCACUGGCCGUGCAGGUGUGCCGCGCCCGGGCUCGGCGCCGAGGCCCCGGCAGAGCCGUGGACGCCGUCUCUGAGGCCGUCUACGAGGAGCUGGACUACGCCCUGACGCCGGAGUACCAGGAGGUGCCCAGUCGCUCAGGCUCCCUGUCGGAGGGGUCAGGGAAGAAGCUGCCGUAUUACACCGGGGACAGCGUGGAGGAGAGUGACCCCAAGGCAGCCCCAGACUCCCCUGCCCAGCACGGCCCCCCGGAUGGCUACGACGAUGCCGCGGCCGUGCCGGAAGAGUCCCCCGCUCCCGCCCCAGGGGACCCCCCGGCACAGCCCCCGGGGGACACAGGCUAUGACGAUGUCGGCGUCAGCACCCCGGGGACGUCGCCGCUCAUCACCCUCCUUACCGCAGGCACCGGGGAGCUGCGGCUGGUAGGCGGCGGCGGACGCUGCGCCGGCCGGGUGGAGGUGAAGCACGAUGGCGAGUGGGGCUCCGUCUGUAUCUACGACUUCGACUGGGAGGCCCGUUGGGCCAUGGUGGUGUGCCGGCAGCUGGGCUGUGGCCCGGUGGCCAAGGCGUCCCCCUACGCCCCGUUCGGGCAGGGCACCGGCCGGAUCUGGCUCCAGCCCUUCUUCUGCCUGGGCAACGAGGCGGUGCUGCAGGACUGUCCCCACUUUGGCUGGGGACGGCACUUCUGCGGCCACGAGUGGGACGUGGGGGUGACCUGCGCAGGUGAGGUGGUGGGGGGUGGCUGUUCCGGGACACCCGCCAUGUGCCGGGGCAUCCCCCGGCAGGGCUGA